AUGUCGACAGUGGCCCGCGCCCUCCGCCCGGCUCGCCGCCUCCGCUUCACGGCGCCGGCAUCCACAACAGCGGCAGCACCCCUGAUCCUCCGCAGGUGCUUCGCCGACAAGCCGCCCAUCUACACCGAGUCCGCCGUCAACAACGAGCUCGGCGUCGGCGAGUUCGAGGGCAUCAAGUUCCGCGUCGAGCCGCUGCGGCGCCAGGGCGAGGACGAGCGGACCAUGCGCGCCCGUCUUCUCUACCAAUCCCGCAAGCGCGGAACCCUCGAAUCAGACCUCCUCAUGUCGACUUUUGCAAACGAACACCUCCCGCACAUGACCAAAUCCCAAAUGGCGCAGUACGACCUCUUUCUCGACGAGAACGACUGGGACAUUUACUACUGGGCCACCCAGGAAGAAGCACCCUCCGCCUCGGCCUCGACCCAAAAGACAUUGUUCUCUUCUUCGACGGACACCCUCGCCUCCUCAACUGUCAACGCAGCAGAAUCCUACCGCCCCGUUGGCUCUGGCGCCGCCUCGACAAUCGACUCGGGCAAGAAGACCCCUUCCAAGCCGAAGGAGGACGUCCGCACGCAAGACGUCCCCGGCGAGUGGGCCAACACCGUCGGCUCCUUCAAGGCGCAGUACCGGCCCGUUCCCGUGCGGUGGCAGGGGAGCGAGAUUUUGGAGAUGCUGAGGGCUCAUGUGCGCAGUCGGCGUGCGGAUGGGACUGUGGGCGUGCAUCGGGAUGUGCAGGAGCGUAAGGAGGGCGGGUUGGGGUUCAUGCCGCCUUUGUUUGACGUUGAUGGAGCGGGGAAGAAGAACUAG